GCGCCUUUUAGGCCAAGGGCCUAAGCUUCUCUAUAUGGCGCGUAUCAAAUUGCACUUGCUGCUCGAAGUGUAAGGCUACCUCAACGUUUACCCAGUGAGGCUAUGCCAACGAGUGAUACCCCACCUCAACUUAUCUCCUUCAAUUGUGCUUCACCUUCCCAUUGAAACAUUCGCAGAGAUUUAAGCAAGUAUUCACCCAUCCGUCUAUGUAUAAUGUCUCUAUUUUUCCGAGACGCCAUGCUUCACGAGGCGUCUUUCCUCCCAUCAUUGGUCGCCAAGACUCUCGAAGAAGAACAAGACACUACGACGAAGUGUCCACAAAAGACCAUCCAGCAUGGAUAUGUCAAAGUACCUUACAGACAACAAUCUUCCAUCCCAGUCACUCCGAUCGUCAACAAUCCAGCGAAUCCAAUCAUCAACACUCAGAGCCUCGUGCGCUCGCUGGUCACGUGUCUAAAAGAACCGAUCGAAAAGUCAAUGCCUUACCACCGCCUCCAAAGCGGAAGAUCAACAUUCAGAGUAAUGACAAAGAUAGUGAGGAACCCGAGGAAAAAAGGGAUGGUCAUGGUGAUGGUGAUAGAGAGGACAAUACCUUGCUACAAGGAUCGGGGGCUGAAGAGAGUGAUGAAGAAUUCGAGAGUGCUGAAGAAGAUUUGUCUGAAGAGAUUUGGGAUGAAGAAACGAGAAGACAAAUUCAAGCAGAGGCUCAAGCAGAGCUGGAAAAACAGAACGCGAGAGCUGAGGCUCGGAUAUUUCGCCCGUCCCAGUUCCUUGACGGUCCAGGCUGGAUCACUCUCGAAAGCGGCUCAGGGUAUCAGCUUCUUGCAGAAGAUCAUAAACGUGUGUGGCGUGUCACUGGGCCUGCAUCGGGUAGUUAUACUCGCAUGAUCAGAAUAAACCUCGUCCAGUUACGAAAUGCAGGCUGGAUUUGGGACGAUGUCAACAGAGGGUGGAACCGGGACUUUUGGAAAGCGCAGAUCUUCUGCACGGAAGUAAUGGAAUGGAAAAGCUUCCAUCGCGCCUACGUUGGUCCACCCUUUUGCGCUCAGGUUUUCCGGAGUCUGUGCGUUUAGCUUGGCUGGAUUCUCAAGGGUGGUGUGGCUCCCUCUCUGAUGGCACGAUAGUGCGUCUUCGAGAUCGCUAUGCAGCAGAUGAUGUCGAUGAUGUAUUUCUGUCACAGAGUAGAUCACAUGAUUCUGGCUGGUUACAUGUCAGCUCACCUGACUUAGUGCGAGCUCAGAGUAUAUAAGUUU